GUUUCUGCUCACAUGAUGCUGGAACAUGCCGAACGUAUUGUUAGCGGAGCAUCAUUGCACAAAACUAAUCCAGACACGCUGGAUCGGAUAAUACGUUAUAUCGAUGGAAUCAAUCAACGCCAAAGGAGGAUAUUUUCACCGCGAACUUCAAGGCGACGAACGCCAGUGCGGCCAAGUCGCCGACGCUUGAUUUCCAGGCCUAAUAGGCGCAGAACAAAUUUCUCUCCAACUGAUUUUGUUUUUGAGUAA